AUGGCAACUGUCCAAAAAACUAGAAAACCCAAAACUAAUAGCUUUACCUCCAUUUUGGAUCAGGUCCUCAAUAAAUAUAACCUAUCGGCCAAAUCAAACUCGCUUCAAUUACAUGCUCAUGCCGAUGAGCUUAACUUAGCUGUGCCAAAAAAUAAUACAGAUGAAGCAAUUGUGGCAGCCAGUUCUCAUGUUUCACAAUUUCAUAGAGAGUUAGCAGAAGCUAGGAUUGGUUCUGAGCAAAUUUAUAUAUAUGCCAAAUUACCAGAAGUUACUCGAGCUUCUAAUGAAAUUCAAAAGAGGCAACUCGCAGAAGGACUUAGAAGAAUUCAAAAUAUUAAUACUACUAAAAUCCCUACUAUGCAAGAUCUUGCAGAUUACAAGCCUGGUUAUUCUUGGUAUUGUAUCGGGUAUAUUAAAAAUAAAGGAGAAGCAAAAAAUAAUCCUGAACCUCAGCAAUUUCUAUCUAUGGAAAAGAAUCCAGAAUGUGCAAAAGAAUUGCUUACCUGGAUCCAAGAUGCAAUAACAACUAGAAAGUUAUGCAAUUCUGUUUAUAGUAUUAAUAAAAAACAUAGUAUAGGAGUAUUUAGUAAAAUUUUAAAAUCAUAUGAUAUAACAGCCAAAAGAUUAAGAAAAAUUGGAAGUAAACAUGCUUUUAGAAUUCAUAGUAGUCAAAAUCCAACUUCGCAACAUCUCGAAUUCCUUAGCAGAGUUGCAAUAAGGCAUAAGAUGGAUCAUCAUAAUUCUGAAAUGUAUUAUGCCAAGGGAGUAUCUAGAUUAGUUCACUAUAACCCAACUUUACCCCUUCAGCCUGCUUUGCAAUAA